AUGCUGUUCAUCAAAACUCCCAGAACUCUAUGUACUCGUAUUGCCAUUGUAAUCAUUUCAUGCAGUCUAAUUAUACGGGUGCUGUCUAUUGGUUAUGUUGUCGGAGGGUUUGUUUUAAAAUACCACGAAAAACUCCUUAGUGCCGCCAGCAUUGAUGUGCUUAAUAAAGUGUCUAUAGGAUCCCUGCCUGUUGGAUCAUUCCUCAACGCCCUGUUCCUGUCUUUGAUUCCGACCAUUAUCGUGCACGCUGUUAAUGCUGCUGUUACAUUCUAUGGAAUUUGUAAACAAAGUAAAAGAUGUUUGAUUGCAAGUGCCGUCAUAAACAUUGUUAUGGUGAUUUUUAACAUAAUUGCAAUUGCCCUACAGUCCUGGAUGCUUGAGGAGAUGCACUGUUGUGGAUUUGAUACGUUUUCUCCCUUGUUGUGCUCGUACUUAUACAACAUCGAUUGCGCUUCCUACAUUGCAGACACUAUAAAUACCUAUGGCAGUUCUUACAUUGCUGUCCUUGUCACUAACAUCAUUGUGUCAGUAAUCAUGAUCGUUGGAACAGAAUAUCUACACAGAUUCCAAAUUGCCAAAUCACAUGGGAAGAACGAUCGCUGCCCGGGGAAUGCUAUUGAAAAAUCGGAAAUGCACAAAAUAAAAAAUGGAAUUUGUGCUAAUCUUUACCGUCUAGUUAAAGUGAGAAGUAAACUAACAUCUUAUUUUGGAUUUCUAACUUUCCUAUCAAUGAUAUUGGAGGGUGGAAUGAUCCUGGCCAUAAUAUUCAUCAGAUACAACCAUUACGACUUAACAAUGACAACAGAACUCUAUAGAGUAACCAGGGAAUACCACAUUAACAUGGGCUAUCUUAAAGAUGCUCUUCUGAUAACGGCCAUUUGCCUCCUCGUCUGGUCAAUCAUUGCCAAAACUUUGUGUCUUAUUGGAAUAUAUUCCAAAAGGAAGUGUUUGUUUGUGAUAAAUAUGAUUACAGAUCUCCUCUUACUGACAGCUGAGUGCGUCAUUUUAAUUUUUUCAUCAUAUCUUCUGAGAGCUUUAUAUUGCUGUUUCUGGAAUAAUAUUGAUACCUGUCAGUUCUCCUAUGGAGAUACCACACCCAUUCCGAUGUGCACCACAAGCUGGAGCAAUGCUGCACGGUUUAUCUGGUGUUUGACUGGAAUACUUAUCUUCCAUAUUCUUUUAAAGGUAAAAUUCAUAAUAACUUUGCAGUAG